GCCGGCACGAGAGAGAGAGAAAGAGGGGAGUCGCGUUCCAUCGUGUGUACGUGCUUAGCCUGACGCGCGCGCGCGCGCGUGUGUGUGUGUGUGUUUGCGCAAAACGUCUGCAAAAGGAUCGGCUAGACGAAAGUGCGCCGAGAAUUCGCGAUAGGAUCUCUCUUUUCCAUAGUUCUGACCCGCUUAUAUCCCGGGAAUCGAUAUACGUUUAUUACUGCCCUCGGGUAAUUGUGUACCUGCGGCAUACGUGUGUUUUUAUACAGGCUCGCGUGCGUGCAUUGGGAGAAGGACGUUCGCCAGAAGAAGCAGAUAAGUCAAAGAAGAGCCAAAAUGUCACAACAGCAGUACUUCCCUUUCAAGUGCACUCCUACGGUGUACCCAGCAGACCCCUUCGAUGCCAAUGCAGAUGCUGGAGUGCUCAGGAAGGCCAUGAAAGGCUUUGGCACCGAUGAGAAGGCCAUCAUCGAUGUUCUCACAAAGCGUGGAAUCGUCCAGCGACUAGAAAUUGCUGAGGCCUACAAGACCCUGUAUGGAAAGGACCUAGUGAGCGACCUGAAGAGCGAACUCACUGGAAAAUUGGAGGAUGUCAUUGUGGCACUUAUGACCCCUCUUCCACACUACUAUGCCAAAGAACUGCACGAUGCCAUCUCUGGCCUGGGUACUGAUGAGGAGGCACUCGUUGAAAUCCUCUGCACUCUGAGCAAUUACGGAAUCAGGUCCAUUGCUGCAUUCUAUGAGAAUUUGUACGGCAAGACCCUGGAGAGCGAUGUCAAAGGCGACACCUCCGGUCACUUCAAGAGACUGCUCGUGUCGCUGGUCCAAGCCAACCGAGACGAAAACCAGGGUGUCGAUCAUGCGCAGGCCGUCGCCGAUGCUCAGGCUCUCUAUGAAGCCGGUGAAAAACAGUGGGGAACCGACGAGUCUCAAUUCAAUGCCAUCCUCGUUACCCGCAGCUAUCAACAGCUUAGGCAAACCUUUAUUGAAUAUGAAAAGGUUUCGGGACACGACAUUGAGGUGGCCAUUAAAAAAGAAUUCUCUGGAAGUGUCGAAAAGGGGCUGCUUGGAAUUGUUAAGUGCGUCAAGUCGAAAAUCGGUUUCUUUGCUGAACGACUUUAUGCAAGUAUGCAUGGCAUCGGCACCAAAGAUCGUACUUUGAUCCGCAUCAUUGUUUCGCGCAGCGAAAUCGAUCUUGGUGAUAUUAAGAAAGCAUUUGAAGAGCGCUACGGAAAAUCUCUCGAAAGUUGGGUUGCUGGAGACACAUCCGGAGACUAUAAGAGAGCUCUUCUCUCUCUCAUUUCUACGUAAAUUACGGUUGACGUCAUAAAGUCGAUAUUCUCAAAUUUUUGCGUCCAUUAAGUUUAAAAGAAUCUCCGUCGCGUUUGCUUCAUUAUUCUACGCUAAUACAAUGAAAGUCCAAUGAUUAUUUUCUCAGGAAAUAUGCUUACAUUUUCAUCGACACACAAGCAUAUUUGAUGCUUAUAGUCAAUGUGUUCAGAUCAAUUUUGUACAUUUUCUCUAUUUUUUCCUUAACUGAAAGUUGAUGAAAAAUAUGCGCCUUUAUUGUAGAUGGAUUUCUCCAUUUGUUACACAUAAAGUCAAUUUGAUUAACUAGUGUCAUUUAAAGGGACAUACAAGAAAACGAAAACAAAAAAAAUGAUUUGAUGCAGUUUACUCAUUAAAACAAUGCUUACUCUUUAAACAAAACGAGUAUUAUAAAUCUAGAUUUAUUUUUCUACGCUUGAUUUUUUUCCUAAAAAAUAUAUUUGCAAAAAACCCUACAGUUUUCGGCCAAUAUUCAUUAUGAAUUGACAUAAGUUAAACAUUUUGUAAAAGAUUUCUCAAAGUACAGAAAUUUUCAUUACUGUAGAGUGAAACCAUGAAAGUACCUAAGAUAAAAAAGAUAGACAAUAAGCAACGCCUUUAUCAAAUAUUUCAACGUUACACGCUAUAAAUACGAAUCAAAUGAAAUAAAAAUUGCAAUGCUUCGCAUAGCAUAGCUUACACUGUUGAAUUUUGAAAAAUCUAUUUACAUAACCGAUUUUUUAUUUUUAUUUUUACUUGUAAUUUCUAAAUCUAUUUACAUCGAAUAUUUUUGUGUAUUAUAUAUUUUACAAAAAAGGAGUGCUCCGUUUUAUUUGUUAAGUAAAUUUGUUAAAUAAACUAAAUAAAUUACUUGCGUGUUACUGUUUAAGUCUGGCAAAUAAAUAUUUUUAAAGCAAAUGGAAA